AGGCCUCAGGGAUUCAAAGGUCCGAUUUUUUAAUCCCUCAAAAACCAGGCCAAUAGGCGAUACUUUUUUCCAUCUAUAUACAUUUAUGUACAUAUAUGUAUUAUGGCUCAAUCUUCAGAAUUGUGACUGGCAUGGUAGUAAAUUUUAAAUGGGAUCUAAAACAAAUUUAUUAAUUCAUUUUGGUAGUCGUCAUGACUUACAUAAAAGGAGUGGAAUGCCGUCUCAAUCACGAAGAUAAACGUGGAGAGUUAGAGCUGCAUUCUCAUUACAUGGGGGCUUGUUGCAAGUGCAGAAACUAAAGCUGGAGAGGGGUACACCACAGAAGGAUGUUGUUAUCAAGUCAGACGCCCCUGACACCCUAUUAUUGGAGAAGCAUGCAGACUAUAUCGCAUCCUAUGGCUCAAAGAAAGAUGAUUAUGAAUACUGUAUGUCUGAGUAUUUGAGAAUGAGUGGCAUCUACUGGGGUCUGACUGUAAUGGAUCUCAUGGGACAACUACAUCGCAUGAAUAGAGAAGAAAUUCUGACAUUUAUUAAGUCAUGUCAACAUGAGUGUGGUGGAAUAAGUGCUAGUAUCGGACAUGAUCCUCACCUUUUGUACACUCUGAGUGCUGUCCAGAUUCUUACUCUGUAUGACAGUAUUAAUGUUAUUGACAUAAAUAAAGUUGUGGAAUAUGUUCAGAGUCUACAGAAAGAAGAUGGUUCUUUUGCUGGAGAUACAUGGGGAGAAAUUGAUACAAGAUUUUCUUUUUGUGCAGUGGCAACGUUAGCUCUAUUGGGGAAGCUGGAUGCUGUUAAUGUGGAAAAGGCAAUUGAGUUUGUUUUAUCGUGUAUGAACUUUGAUGGUGGAUUUGGUUGUAGGCCAGGUUCUGAGUCCCAUGCUGGGCAGAUCUAUUGUUGCACAGGAUUUCUGGCUAUUACUAAUCAGUUGCAUCAAGUAAAUUCUGAUUUACUCGGUUGGUGGCUUUGUGAACGACAGUUACCUUCAGGUGGACUGAACGGAAGGCCAGAAAAGUUACCAGAUGUGUGUUAUUCAUGGUGGGUGUUGGCUUCCCUAAAGAUAAUUGGAAGGCUUCAUUGGAUUGAUAGAGAAAAACUGCGCAACUUCAUCUUAGCAUGUCAAGAUGAGGAAACUGGAGGAUUUGCAGACAGGCCAGGAGACAUGGCAAAUCCUUUUCACACUUUAUUUGGAAUUGCUGGAUUGUCACUUUUGGGAGAAGAACAAAUUAAACCUGUCAGUCCUGUUUUUUGCAUGCCUGAAGAAGUACUUCGGAGAGUGAAUGUUCAGCCUGAACUAGUGAACUAGAUUUAUUGACGCAAAAGUUGUUUGGCAUAAUUUUGUUAUCCCUAAUUUCUAUAUUUGGAGUGCUUAUCAAACUUAAAAUAACUUCUGUGUUAAUAUUUUGUAUAUAAAUGGUGUUAAUUUUAAUAAAUAAUUAUACAUAUUGUAAAAUGAAGAUCUAUCUUGUUUAUGCCUCAAUGUAUUUAAAUUUCCCUAACAGUAAUCUGUAACUUAAGAACUCUACUUUAUGUUCCCUUCAUAUGUCACAUCAUAAUUCAUGCAAAUUGGUUGGUGUCAAUGAGAUUGUUAAUUGAUAUAAAUUGAUAAAGGAUGCACAAAAAUAAAUGGCUCUU